ACGGUCGCGAUCCGCGAGAUCCACCAGGCUCAAUCCGACGGGUCGCUGUCCGGGAGCUCGUGCCGUUGAUACGUUGAUACGGUAUUCGUCGAUGCGAAGACCAGCAAUACGCCCGAGUUAAGGCCAGAUCAACCGAGAUUUUUUUUCUGAGUGAGAAAGUUGAAGAACACGACCCAAGCAAUGAGGUUGAACGAAACGAUUUCCUGAUUCGGCCCACAAUGGCGAUGAGAGUGAGAAUGACACCGAGUCGGAUGAUGAUCGCGCUUCACCGGGAGAGGGAUGCUGUUUUUUUCUUAAUACGGGUUUGCGAAACGGCGGCUAAGCGGGAGAUAACCCAAGAUUAACGAGACCAAUGCAGGAACCGACGAGGGGAGGGUUUCUGGAAGAUGUGGAAGGUGUGCCGGUGUCGAUUGACGAGACGCGAUGAGAAGCGCGUCAGUGGUGUAAUCAAACACCACCAAAAAUGAUGACAACGGGAGGCUUCAAAAUACGCCAACGAGAUCCCGAAACUGUUUCAAAAGGUUCCGAAGACGAAGAUGAAGGAGAUCAUUCAACUCGAGUAUAAAAGCACACUCUCAUGAAAAGAUAUGCAACAUCACAAAAGGCCCCUCUCUCACUCAGGGUCUUUCUUCAUCUCUGUACCAAGCACUUAAACCCCUGCUGAUAAUCAUCACUCUAGUUGCCCGUCACUGGGCCGUUGGCAGCUGCAAGACGACAGACUGACUCGCUCACCUUCGCGCCACUUUUACCCGCUGACCGCAAAGGAAGAAAAAAACAUACAGACUUCAUAGCCUUCACCGUACUUCCGUAACGGACCAACCCUUACUCCUCACUCAACUUUUUACCCGUAAAGAAAACCCAAACCGACAAAAUGGGUGGAGGUAACGGAGCCAAGGCCGCGCAGAAGCGUGCCCGCAACGCAAAGGAUGCUGCCCCCAAGGCCGCUUCUCAGCUCAAGAGUAACGAGAAGGCCAUGAACAUCAUCUGCAACAUCUGCAAGCAGACCUUCCUCUCGACCUCCCGCAAGCCCCAGCUCGAGCAGCACUCCAGCAGCGGCAAGCACGCCGGGAAGCACACGUUUGAGCAGUGCUUCCCCGAGUACAAGGAGUAGGAAAUAUCUACUAUCUGAACGAUCAAUGACCAACAUUGCAUAAAAACAAACAAAAAAAAUGGUGAAGCGGGCGGCGCUAGGCAAACAGACAGGCAUGGGACAAAGCUAGGCGUAGGGUAUGGGCAUGAUGGGCGACGCAGCAGGCGUGAUGGCAUCAGCGAACUGGCGUAACGAGGUUGAUAUUCGGGAUAUGGUUUGGAUUUUUUGACGGGCGUCCUCCAGGUUCUGGAUGGGCAUGACUGACUGCAAGCUUUCUGGCCAUAGGCACUAGCUCGUCCAGAAGAAACAGAGGCAUGAUAUGGA